AUGGAGAGGCCUGUUCAAACGGUGAGUCAGAGGAUAGAAGAGACUCUUUGUCACAGUUUAGCGUUCGAUAUUGUUGCUGGUAAUGGCAAUUUGGAGAUUGUCAAGAAAUUGUACGAAAAAAAUUCUGAGGUGCUUUCUCAAGAGCAUCCAGGUAGUUAUCGGCUAGCUAUACCGGUGGUGCGGGCAUCUAAUGCAGGACAUAGAGAAGUCACUCGUUAUCUUUAUGAGAAAACACCUUCUAGAGUUUUGAUGCAUGAUGAAGGAUAUUGGGCAAGAUGUCUCCUUUUCGAUGCCGUAUUUUAUGGAUUUCUCGGAAUCAAGCAAAUAUUUGAGCUGAAAAAGAAACAUUCCAAAGCUCAUAACUUGUUACAAAAAAUGUGCAAGCCACUACCAGCCAUGGUCAAGGACGACAGUUGGAAGGAGACGGUCUAUAAAGCACUACUUGAUGCAGUGGAGUAUGGGAACAAGGAAUUUUUCAUCGAGAUAAUCAAAAGUAACCCUCAACUUCUCUGGAUCUCUGAACCUACUUCUGGUCGAAACCUCUUUCAGCUGGCGGUCGGAUUCAGGAAAGAAGCGAUCUUUAACCUAAUCUAUGGUUUAGAUGAUAGAAAAAUAAGCCUCCUUAGAUCUUACGACCAAGAACACAACAACAUUCUCCAUAUCGCUGCUCAGCUCUCUCCUCCUGAGCAGCUCUCUCAGGUUGCCGGAGCUGCUCUCAAGAUGCAAAGAGAGACUCAUUGGUUUGAGGAAGUAAAGAGCUUGGUGUCAGAACGUGAAAUAGUGGAAAAAAACAAAGAGAGCAAGACCCCGCGACAAGUAUUUGAAGCGUCUCAUGAGCCUCUACGAAAAGAAGCAGAAAAAUGGAUGAAAUGUACUGCCACUGCGUGUAGUUUCGUUGCCGCAAUCAUUGCAACUGUCACUUUUCAAGCCAUAUUCACUGUUCCUGGAGGUACAGAUGAAAUUUCGGGCGAGCCUCUGCUUCUAAGAGACUCACAUUUUAUGGCGUUCAUCAUCGUAGACGCUCUCUCUUUCUUCGCCUCUUGCACCUCCGUCCUCAUAUUCCUUAGCAUUCUCACUGCAAGAUACUCUUUCGACGACUUCAUCGUGUCACUUCCUAGAAAGAUGAUUUUGGCUCUAACCAUUCUGUUCAUCGCUAUCGCGGCAAUGCUUAUUGCAUUCACCACUGCGCUUUUUGCGUCGAUGCGUAAAAGGCCAAUUCUUGUAGUCUCCGUGGUGCCACUCGCUUAUAUUCCUGGCGUUCUCUUCUUGAUAUUGCAAUAUUCCCUAUUCAAGGAGAUGAUUUCUUUCACGUACGGCAAAGGACUAUUUCACCGCAAUACGAAACGCUGGUUUUAAAGAAUAGCCUAUAUGUAAAUUUAUUGCACAAGGAUCUAGCGGAUACCUAAAAGAUAUGGUCAUAUAUAUGGUACUAACGAAAGUUAAAUGGAAAUGUAUUG